AGUCUCGUGUGCUUCAUCUCAAAACAAUGAUCAUUUUCAAGCCUAGCUGAUUUUUCUACUUCGCUUGGAUGUGUUUCAGUGCCGCACUUUUGUUAUUUUAGGGCCUAUUUCCUGAGCUCGUUUAAUUGUAACUUGUUUCAAAAUAUUGUUGCGGUAGUUAGUAUGACCUUAAGUAUCGAUUGCUAGUUUUAGAAAAAAAAAAGGUUAAAAGGCUAAGACGAAAGAGAAACAUAAAUCUUUCUCUCUCUCUCUCUCUAUAUAUAUAUAUAUAUAUAUAUAAGAUUGAUGGUAGACCAAAUGUUUGUAUACUGUAGUGUAGUAGUGUAGAGCCGCUUACUAGUGGAUAAAGGUACCAGUACUAGAGUUGUAUUUCCCUUAUUAAACUCCAGGAUAUCACCAGACAGUGCAGGAUAGAAAUCUUACACUUGUGAGAAUUGUGCGCAUUGUGUUAGCAACAUAUUCUAGGGUUUCAAUUCUGUAAGGAUUAACUUAUUCUGUGUGUCGGAAAACGUCCAUUAAAAGCAAGCAUAGUUGCAUUGGACAUUACUGCCAACAUAAGUCAAUAUUAUAGAGUAAGGCCAUCGUCUCAUACAAUGGGAUAGACUUAACGCCAGCACAACCCCAUUAGACGCAACCGUCUUUUCAAAUUGACACCUUCUUCCUGUUGACGAGAAGAUGGUGUAGUCUCUAAAUACAAAGCUGCUGUCGUUGGGCCUGCGGAUUUGUUCACAUCACCAACCAUCUCGUCAUCAGAUAGUGAGGAACAUUUGUUUGUGCACUGCAUGUAUCAUAGAGUUUCUUCCAUCAUCGUCUGACAGAAUUAACCUGUAAACUCUCCUUCAAUAAAUACACCAGUCCCUAAGGCGUUUCAUUGAGGUACGAAAAAAGAAUUUGCCAUUUCUCUGAGAAGUGGUUCAAGUUUCUCCAUUUCUUGCAGUGUGGGCUCAUUUUGUAUUCAUCGUGAGAAUAGCUACAUUUUGUAUGCAACGUGAAAAGUGCUACAUUUUGUAUUCAACGUGAGAAUUGCUACAUUUGUAUUCAUCGUGAGAAGUGCUACAUUUUGUAUUCAACGUGAGAAGUGCUACAUUUGUAUUCAACGUGAGAAGUGCUUUAUUUUGUAUUCAACCUCAGAAUUGCUACAUUGCUACAUUGCUUUGAAUAAAGAAGUAGCUCAUCUGGAUAGGAUACAAAGUUUUAAGCUAAAAACGUGAUCUAUAUUUCUGAUACUUCAUGGGAAGAGCGCCAUCAGGUUACGCUGACCCACAGGAUACUCGAUGAGCGAUGAGCGCUUCCGUAUCACUGGCCAUACCAUCAUGAGAGCUUAUGUUUGUCUUGCGACAUUUUUAGUUGUUGCUGUGGCGCAAGAAGCUCCAAACAGACGGCGUAGAGUGUGGGACACGUCUGAAAAUGACACCAGUUCUUUGCCCCCUCCGUUCUUCCACCCCACCCCCGAGCGUGUGACGUCUAAGGAAGGCCAGAUGGCCAAACUGGAAUGUAUGGUGGAGAAUAUCGGCACUAAACACGUCAUCUGGCGUCGGAAAUCUGACCCAAACCCCUUGACCAUAGGCCGCAGAACGUUCGUGGAUGAUGAAAGAAUAUCAGUACAGCACAUCCCAUUACAACCAAACUGGACAUUACUUAUCAAACAGGUCCGUCUGGACGACGCUGGGGAGUACGAGUGUCAGGUGGCCUCCACAGACAGACAGUUGCGGAGAUCUGUCUUCCUGACAGUCAAACCCGGUAAACGACAGAAAAUCAAGUCAGACAUCAAGAUUACAGGGAAGACUUACGUGGAGAAAGGUCAAAAAAUUAAACUCAUUUGCAACGCCACUGGAGCGGACACAACAGAUGACCUGGACUGGUUCAGGAACGGUCAAAAGCUGUCCACCAACAAGAAGAUCACCAUCCACAAGAGGGUCUCCUUAACUGACCGUCAGAUCGACAGCGUUUUAGAAGUGCAGGACGCAGACCUGGACGACGCUGGAGUCUACGUGUGCCGGACAUCAGAGUUGUUGGUGGAGUCCAAGAGAGUGGAUGUCCUCAACGGUACGCACUUCUCGGACACCAACAACGUAAAAAGAGGUACAGAAAAAGAUUCCGACGGAGAAAGUAGUGCCAGUGGGAAACAAGAACAAUUGAGCAACACAGAAAACCACGCUUGGAGAUUGACACCUUCCUGUUCUGAAUUGCUAUUGGUUGUUUUCUUCGCCAUUUCCCUGUCCCACAUUGUUCACAAUUUCCGGCUGCCAACUUGAAAAUGGUGUAUUAUUUUAGGGCAAUGCCUUUUUUUUUUUUCUUCUAUUCCCACUCGGUUCUGUAUUCACUAUUGUUGGAGACCGUUGUAAAAACUGUAAUAAUUUUGUCAUGAAACAAUUAUGAGACAUUUUGGGUUCUGAAGUAUUCAGCUCCCGUUUCUCUUAAAAGUUCGGUCAUUACAUUACUGAAGUCAGAACACUCGCAUAGCAUUUCUAACAUUGUUUUACCAUGAUACAAUGUAGGCAACUCUACAGAAGUGUAUGUAAAUAUGAUAAGUAGAACAAAGUAAACCUUACAGAUAUUGCUAUAGCUUUGAAUUAUUAGACUCCAACCGAUGACAAUGUAUACAUAAUAGGUCUACUAUACACGUAAUUGAUUCAAUUGUGGGGAAGGAAUGUCGUAAAGACACUUUUUUAAAAUAAAUUAGUUGCAGUGCAAUUUGUAAAAAUUUAUAGAAAUUGUUUCUAAUGAUUUAACGUUUCUAAACACCGGUAGUAGUGUUCAUGGUCCUCCCUUGAAGUAAACAAACAUAUGGUGGAAAAGUAUUUUACAUACACCCUUCAUUAGUUGUUAAUCGAGUCUCUUGAAAGGAGGUGAAAAACUUCAUAUUCGUGCGUGUGUUUAUAGUAAAAGUAGACUAGACUGUGAGACUAUAAAAUGUUUACAUUACUGUGUAUUCAAUUGAAGAAAACAUUCGAAACGUAAAGUGGAUACCUCAUAGUUUGUAAGGAAGCAAAGUUACGUAUGCUGUUUAAUUAUUUUGUUCUUGGUAUGGUACAGUUGCUGGCUUUGUGAAAUAUGGCUGAGUGUUCUUCUAUAUUUAGAUUUACUUUAGUGAGUGAUUUUUGUUUCUGAUUUAUGUUUUGCAGCUUAUUGCUGUUUUUCUUUUGUAGCUUUGUGUUUGUUUAUAUUUUUUUUUGUUUUGUUUGAUUGUUGUCAUUCUGUAGGGCCACAGCGUGUUUGUUCAAAGCCUAUUUAAACGAUAUGGUAACAUGUGAGCUUUUCCUUGUGGCAGAAAGUGAAAGAAUGUUGAGUUUCUGUUUUUAGACCAUCCUGUUUGACCUAUCUACUUUCGUUCUCUUUGUAAAUUGCAUUGUCUAUUUUUAUAUUGAUUUUUUUUUUAUUCGUCCUCCCAUUUUCUCUCGAUUUUGCUCCACUCUCUCCUCCCUCCCCGCCCCCCCCUAAUGUGAUCUAGACAAGUAGGCGUACUAAAACAUGAAUAUUUUAAAUGCACAUGAUAUGGAUCAAUAAGACUUCACAGUUGGAGAAGUAGGUCUAUGUCGGGCGGAAAAAAAAGAUAAACAACAAAAAAAUAACAGGCCUAAUGUAGGUGUAGGGUUUUGUGUUUUUCCAAAAUGUCUCCAGUCUAGUAUGACACUAGUCAUCAAGUUAAACAUAACAUUUUACAUCGAUUUGACCUCAGCCCUUCGCGAGAGAUAGUGAAGUGCUGCUACUCGGCCGUCAAAAUCAAACUUGACCGAAUGAACGUCUGAUCUGAUUGAUGGAAUGGUCCAGCGUGACCUAGUGGAAAUGUGGGAAGGAAGUACAUUUCUGUUGACUCGAGGACAAGGGCCAGCAAACAAAUGAUUCGGGGAAAAAAAUGUGUUGGUCCAUUUCUUCCGGACUAUUUAGUUAAGAGAAAGUUUGUCUCGUCUGGAAACAGUCACGUGAUUCUUAUCUCCGUGUCAGGCCGUUGAUUAAAUUCUAAACGUUUGCAUUAGCACUGAGGUUUUGUCUUCUUGGACAGUGAAGCCCAACCUACGGCCCGCGGGCCAUAUCUGGCCCUUCACGCGGUGCUAUCCGACCUUUUCAAACUUCUUAUGAAAUACAGGCGUUACUUUACAAAAAAAAAAUGAUUACGUCCUACGCGUAUCCCUAGGUUAAUCUAGUCAUACAUGUUAGUCCAUGGCUUAAACUCUGCCAAGUCACUAGUUUUCCUGGCUGACUCAGGCAACCCAUUCCUUGCUCUAAUAGCACUAGGGAAGAGCAUUGAUUGCAUUGGACUCGACGAUUUUUGGCGGCGAAACGGUCCGUAACAAGCGUGUUGGGAAUUUAGAAGGUAAAUGACAAUCUGGCCAAAGGAUAAAAUAGGCACCACUUCUCUGUGAUGAUCCACUUUAUCGUAUCUCCAUUCAAACAUUUCGCACAAUUAUACAAGUAAAAACUUGAAAAUUAGUCGAUAAAUUUCGCUUUUUACAAAUGUAAUGUGGCCCAGUACACCAAGGGUUAAAGAACAUCCCAAUCUUCUAUACUUUUGCGCGUUUUUUUUUUUCUUUUUUCUGUAUUAAUGAAUGUUACAAAUGCUCGCUUGAGUCUUCUUUAAUUGAUAAGAAAAGUACGGACACCAUAUUUCUUCAUGUGCUUAGGUCUACAUCUCAUUGCUUACAUAGUUUCCCCUUUGUGUCUUUAAAACAUAAGGAUGAAAACAUGUACAGCCAGAUGUGACCAGGUAAUUUAUUCGUGUACAAAUGUGUUGCCAAUUUUGGUUUUCUUCUCCCUCAUUCUAUAAAUGUGUUUACUUUCUUGACUAAACGGGUAUACUUGGCUGGUUUGUGAUCUUUGACAGUUUUUUUUUUUUUUUUCAAUACAUAGUUGUCAAUAUCUUUUUUAUGUUACCUAUGUACCUUGUUUGUAUUUCAUUAAGACCAAAGCAAGUGGAAGUCCAAUUCAGAGGUUGGUGUGUAGGCCUACGUUUUUGGUGUGUAGGCCUAUGUGUUUGGUGUGUAGGCCUACGUAUUUGGUGUGUAAACCUACGUGUUUGGUGUGUAGGCCUACGUGUUUGGUGUGUAGGCCUACGUGUUUGGUGUGUAGGCCUACGUGUUUGGUGUGUAGGCCUACCUACAUGUUUGGUGUGUAGGCCUACGUGUUUGGUGUGUAGGCCUACAUGUUUGGUGUGUAGGCCUACGUGUUUGGUGUGUAGGCCUACGUGUUUGGUGUGUAGGCCUACGUGUUUGGUGUGUAGGCCUACAUGUUUGGUGUGUACAGUUUGGGCUGAUGUUGAUUUUUGACUCGGAAAUUGGUUCUGAGAUUCAAAGUGUUUUACUGACGGACAAAACAUUCAUUCAUUAUUAUUUAUGUAUUAUAUAUUUAUUUAUGUAUUAUGUUUAUACAUAUGAUGAAUUUAAAAUGUUUUUCAUUUGUUUAUGUUCUCUAUCCACCAUAUCUUAUACUGCCAACUCGAAAUUCAUGAAUAGAGAGAGAAAGUGUGUGUGUGCGUCUGUGUCACAUAUUUUUCACAUCUUGAUUUUCUGGAUUUUGUGAUAGUAAAUUGAAACAAAACUUUUACUCUUUUUUUUUAAAAAACAAAAACGGAUUUCAAGUUAAAACAAGUGAGUUACAGAACUUAGUACAUGUAUUUAUAUAAACUGUUGCCUAGAGACAAUUUUUGUUUACAGCUAACCAAAUUGGGUUCUCUUUAAUGAUUACGCCUAUCAAUGUUAUGUUAUGUGUUAUAACCAGAUCGCUAUUGAAUUGGGGUUUCAUUUUUUGUUUGUUUAUUUGUUCAAUUACGUUUUUGUUGCUUUAUUGUUGUUGGUUUUUUUUAUUUUACAAUGCCAGCAAAAUUUAUUUAUUUAUUUAUUAUCAAUGUCAAAGUUGUCAUUAGUUUUCUUUAUAUAGACUACAUUCUACUUAAGUGUGCAGACUUGUAGAGCACCAGAACAUGAUAAGAUCUAAAGACUUCUGAUAUACUGGAGCUUUGCGCUUUUUCAAAAAGAGAAUCAAAUACAUUUCCAAAGAACAAGACCUUUGAUUUUGUUUCGGAAAAGAAGUUUCCAAAAUGCAGCACAAAUUUUCAAAAAUGCAAUAAGAUUUAUAGAAUGUCAAAGAGUCAAUUUGUAAUAACUCAGUUCUGCCACUCCAACAAAACACGUUAAGGAUUCUGUGAAUUCGCACCGAACAGGAAACGUGUAAUAUUAUCUUCAGAUUUGAGAAUUUAAUAUCACACCAUUUCUGAUUCGUACAUCAAAAGAAGGAUCUAUAAAUUCUUUUGCAUUUUAAUUUUGGUAAUUGCUUCCUGGGAUUUCGUGACAAUAAUAUGGCUGACAUCUCAACAUGGGUUCUAAUUGUUAGAUCUGGAUUUCAGUCAAAAUUAUCAGAGUGUGCUCUCAUACAUUCAUUGAUAACUGGUGCAAAUCAAAUGCUACAAGGAAUAAUUUUUUAGCUUAAUGAUUUUUAACAACAGUAUAAAGUCUAAUUUUAAAUCUAGGCAUUUAGUUCUAUUAGAAAUGUAUACAUAUAGUCUAUAUCUGAUUAAAAAAAAUUAACCUUCUAGUCCUGAAGUGAAGAAUUACUGCGAUUGAUUAUUAUUAUUAAUCUAAGCCUUACUCAGAACCUUUGAUUAUCAGUGCAAACAGGAAGCUGUUUAUUUCUUUUAUAAUAACCUGCUCUUAGAAUGUCUUAGAUUGUAUUUCUUCCGUUAGCCAUCUUGUCCAGCAUUCUUUUCAAUAUAAAUCUAAUGACUGAAGUCUGAUCUCACUAUAACACGUAUCCGUCGUUUGUGUCCUGUACACUCAUCAACACGCGUUCUUCGAAAAAAUGUCCCACAUGCCUCCAUCAAUUUUCAUCUUUCCUAAUCAUUUGUGUUCUAAGAUUUUUUAUAGAAAUUUUUGUAAACAGUUUUUUCUCUAUCUACAUGAAUCAAAUCACUCACUAGAUCUUUAAAAUCAUGGAGUGGAUGAGAACAUUUUGGAUGGUCUGGCUUUGCUUUCAAGUUUAAUUGCCUUUUAAUAAUUUGAUCUUCAGUGUUACAAAAAAUGGAGAGAUUUUUAGAAUGUUUUAUUUUAGCGUUUUAGUUUUAAAGCUGACAUUUAAGGUCAACACACAAGCGUUCUGUCUAAUCUGGCUGAUAUAUAUUGAUAUAUAAGAAUUGGGUUUAAACUUUGCUUGCUAAAUGUGUUUAUUACAUCCUCAGUGAAUGCGUCACGUAUGUGAAGUGUAAGUCUCAUGUAUAAAAACAUCAAUAACAUUAUAUAUGUCAUGCUAAA